AUGAAAUUUCAAAAUACUUUAAUUGCAGGUGUUGCAACUUUAAUUGCUACUACUGAAGCUGCUCCACUUUGGUUCACUUAUUGGGUUACUGCUCAAACUACUAGUACUAAAAUAGCUACUGUUUAUUCUGGUUAUACAACUGGUUUUUCAUAUUCAACAGUAUAUGGUCGUCCUCCACCUGCUGCUACCACAACUUCAUCAAGUAGAACUACAACUACUUCCAGUUCAUCAAGUAGAGCUACUACCACAUCUAGUUCUUCAAGUAGAGCCACUACCACACCUACUUCUACUACACCAUCAAGUACCUCAACAUUAGUAACUCCUACAACUACUUCAAUUUCAACAAGUUCUACUCCAACAACUACAUCAACAACAUCAACUUCAAGUUCUUCUUCAACCACCUCAAUUUCAAGUACCACUUCAACCACCUCAACUUCAAGUACAACAAGCUCAACUUCAAGUACAACAAUUCCAUCAUCAACUUCAAUUACAUCAACUGCAACUCCAACUUCAACUACAUCAACCUUAGCUCCAGUUUCAACCUCACUUCCACCUUCAUCAACAUUAUCGACUUUGACAACUACUUCUUCCAUAAAUUCAGUUAAUGUUCCAACUUCAGAUGUUGCUUUUGCAAAUGAAAUUUUAGGUGAACAUAAUAGAUUAAGAGCUUUACAUGGUGUACCGGCUUUAAUCUGGAAUAAUACUUUAGCAACUUAUGCUGCUAAUUAUGCUGCUACUCAUUUCGAUUGUAAUAACGUUCAAUUGAUUCAUUCUGGUGGUCCAUAUGGUGAAAAUUUGGCUGCUGGUUAUGUUGGUGGAAUUGAUCCAACUGAUGCUUGGUAUAAUGAAAUUAAAGAUUAUAACUUCAAUCAACCUGGCUAUUCCUCUGCUACAGGGCACUUCACACAAGUUGUCUGGAGGUCUACAAGUCGAUUGGGCUGCGCAAGGGUCAUUGAAUAUAGUGAGACAAGAGGUAACAUUGUUGGAACAGAUCCAGCCACUGGUAAAAGCUUCUUUGAAGAAAAUGUUUUACCACCUUUAGCUUAA